AUGCCUUUCCAGCAUGAUUACCUGAUCCCUGGAAGCUUUAUCCUUCUUAUUCUACUCCUAUCUGAGAGAGCUCAUCAGUUCGACGGUUGCAAACCUGUGAAAGGUGGACAUGUUAUGGAACGUAAAUGUAAAUCUGGCAAGUUCCGGUGGCGAGUGGUUGAAAACAAAAUGUUGAAAAUUCAUUUCCUGGUCAUGAGUGCAACUUCUGUGGAAGAUUGCAAGAACAUAUGUGAAACCUUCCCCCAAUGUGGCGCUUUUGACCGGAGUGUUCAUGAACAGACUUUGAAGCGAGACUGCAAUCACUGUAUUAAACAGACUCAAAUUGGAGGCGAGCUGGAUAAACAUCGGUCUGCAACGUAA